AUGUCUCCUUAUGAAUAUUUGUUUAAGUAUAUAAUAAUUGGUGAUACGGGAGUCGGAAAAAGUUGUCUUUUAUUACAAUUUACAGACAAAAGAUUUAGAGCAGAUCAUGAUUUAACAAUAGGUGUAGAAUUUGGGGCAAGAUUAAUUAACUUAGACAAUAAACAAAUAAAACUUCAAAUAUGGGAUACUGCAGGUCAAGAAUCCUUUAGAUCAAUAACGAGGUCAUAUUAUCGUGGUGCAGCGGGAGCAUUAUUAGUUUAUGAUAUUACUCGAAGAGAAACAUUUAACCAUUUAAACAGAUGGUUAGAUGAAGUACGACAGAAUUCAAACCCACAUAUGGCAAUUAUUUUAGUGGGAAAUAAAUGUGAUUUAGAAAGAAGAGAAGUUUCAGUAGAAGAAGGUGCACAAUUUGCUAGACAAAAUGGAUUAAUAUUUUUAGAAACUUCUGCAAAAACAGCAAAAAAUGUUGAAGAAGCUUUUAUUUACACUGCACGGAAAAUAUAUGAUAAUAUCCUAGAAGAUGUUUAUGACUUGAGCAACGAGUCGUAUGGAAUUAAAUAUGGGCCAACUAACCAGUACUCAAGAGUGAAAUUAGAUAUGCCUUCUUUACCGGAAUCAAGAUCAUCAUUUAGCUGUUGUUAA